GGGGAGUGGAAAAGAGACGUACCAAGUUGGCGUCUUCCUCGAUAACUUUGUCCCCCGUAAUGUUCUGAGGCGGGAAUUUCCAUUGAGAGAACCGGGCCGUCGAGGCCCAAGGCGUCCUUUCCCCCAACGAAGCGGGAACAGACUUUGCCUCCCGUGAUCCUCCGCGGCAAGAAUUCCCAUUGGGAGAACAGGACGCUUCGGCGCAAGGCAUGACGGGAAUGGUAGUCUCGGUUUUCCGAGACGCUUAAACAAACAUGGCGGCGGCUGUGUCUUCUACCUCAAUGAAGCGAAACAGACUCCGUCUCCCGUGAUCCUCCGCGGCAAUGAUUCCCAUUGGGAAAGCCUUGGCGCUAUGGUGCAUGGCCUGACGGGAGUUGUAGUCAGUUUUUUUCUGAGGGGCUUGAAGCGCCAUGGCGGCGCCGGGGCCGAGUAGUUCCAGCGAAGCCGGGAAGGCGUCGUCCGAGGCGGCCCCGCUGCAGUACAGCCUGCUGCUGGAGCACCUGGUGGGCGAGAAGCGCGGCCCGAGGCAGGCCUUGGACCCUGCGGCCUUCGGGGGCUUCCCUUCGCCGCCCAAGAGCCCCGAGCAGAAGAUGGUGGAGCGCGCCAUGGAGAGCUGCGGCUUCAAGGCGGCCCUGGCCUGCGUCGGAGGGCUGGUCCUGGGGGGUGCCUUCGGGAUCUUCACGGCCGGCAUCGACACCAACGUGGGCUUCGACCCCAAAGACCCCUAUCGCACGCCCACCGCCAGAGAGGUCUUAAAGGACAUGGGCCAGCGGGGGCUCUCCUACGCCAAGAACUUCGCCAUCGUGGGGGCCAUGUUCUCCUGCACCGAGUGCCUGGUCGAGUCUUACCGGGGCAAAUCUGACUGGAAGAACAGCGUGAUGAGCGGCUGCAUUACUGGAGGAGCCAUUGGAUUUCGGGCCGGCCUCAAAGCGGGAGCCCUCGGCUGCGGAGGGUUUGCUGCCUUCUCUGCGGUGAUCGACUAUUAUUUGCGGUAGCAGACGGAGCCAAUGAAAGGAAGGACUGUUCGGCGCAAGCGGCGUAGAGCGCCAGGUACAAUGCAAGCCCCAUUUCAUGGACCGAUUGUCUAUAGAGAAACCGAGGUGCAUCUUGGAGAAGAUGAACGUGCAUCCGAUCCACAACCAUUGACAACCACACCAGACUAAGAAGUGGAGACAUGAUGCGGAGGAAGAAAUGAAGGCCAUAAUAGUAUCUCUUGACUCCGAGAGUACAUUCUCUGUGGCCACCCUUGUUCUAUUUGAGCAGCCCUUGCUACUCUAUUUGUGGACUUUGGAGAAAUGCAAGGAUUAAUUUAUCUCCCGACGGUGUAAAGCGUUUGUUACUAAUAAAGCCGCAGCUGGGCUUUAAAGGCUUGA